AUGUUUCUUGCUAGGGGGAUGUUCCCUAGAGGAUAAACAAAGCCCCUAGAGUUAGAUAAGGAACACAAAGGGGAUCUGAAAAAUGACCUUCUAUUUUCGAAUAUCAAAUAAGUCUACUCUAACAGACCUAAAGUCAUCAAAAGUAGGAAGGGUUUAUUAGUGCAAAAGGAGAUUAAUUUAUUUAAUUUCAAUACUAAUAAUAUUUUACUUGUAAAUUCUUGUAGCCAACUAAAGGUGAAAAUAAAUCAGAUUAAAUAGACUUUGGCUCAGAUGUGAAGGGGGAUCCGCGUUUCGGUCUUUAAGUCUAUGGAGAAUUUAGAUUGGUGUUCCAAUAUAAAUCUCAACUUCUAGAAUUAGUGUAUUUUUAUUUUAACGAUUCUAUGAGGCCAAAAGAAACUAUGAGACUUAUAUAAGGAUAUAGGUUAAUCCUGAUUUAAGCACUGGCUAUAGUGCUAUUAAAUUAUAAACAUAAUAGAUUGGAGGACUUAAUUGUUAAAUUUAUCUUGAAUAAGUUUUAAUAGAAUAAAGUCUAAUUGUUCAAAAUUAUCAUAUACAAAAAGAAGUACAAAAUUGUGUAAUUAUAAGUUAUGGAAGUAUUGUAGGAAAAAAAGAGCAUAAUUAAGGAACCUAAAUAAUGUAGAGAAGAAAUUAGAUAAAAUAAAUUAAUAAAUAACGAAUGUGUAUCAAUAUAUCUAAUUAUUACAUAGGACUUUGAGAAGUGAAUCUAAACAUGACGGCUAUAAAUUUAAGAAUAAUUCUGAUUAUCAUUCUCUUGAUAGUAGGUCGAGUUAUUUAUACAAGGUAAUGAUGCUGAUUUAUAAAACUUUUGCCAUCAAUUAAUUGCAUCUAAGUUGA